AUGAAUGGACCUUGCAGUGGGCUAUGGCAGCAGAAACAAUUUACCCUUUCUCUGCUAAAGUCUCCCAACAAGCUCUCCACUUUGAAUCACCUAAAAUCCCUCCAUGUAUACCUCCUCCGCACUGGCCUUCACCACAGCAGUUUCGCCGUUGGAAACUUCAUCACCCAUUGUGCUUCUCUUGGACUCAUGUCGUAUGCAGCCCAACUGUUCGAUCAAAUGUCUGAACCAAAUUCGUUUGUAUGGAAUACACUCAUAAGAGGGUUCCAACAGAAUCAUUCUCCGAAAUACACCCUUUAUUAUUUUGAUCAAAUGCGGGUAAACAAUGUACAGCCUGAUAGAUUUACUUACCCUUUCACCAUUCGUGCUUGUUCAGGUUUACUGGAGUUUGCUAAAGGAGCUAGUCUUCAUGGUCAGGUGGUUAAAAUUGGGGUCAAUUUUGAUGUCUUUGUGGGUACUAGCUUGGUUGAUUUUUAUACUGCUAUGGGGGAUUUGAACAUGACUAAGCAAGUUUUUGAGGAAUUGCCGGAUAAAGAUGAGGUAACAUGGUAUGCGAUGUUAUCGAGCUAUGUUAACAAGUUUAAUGACAUGGGGAAAGCUCGAGAUUUGUUCGAAAAGAUACCAUGUAAGGAUCUUGUUAUUUGGCAUACCUUAAUCCUGGGAUAUGUCAAAGCUGGGGACUUGGAGUUAGCGAAAAAGUAUUUUGAUAUAGCUCCUGUUAAGGAUUUACUCAUGUACAAUACAAUUUUAGGUUGCCUUGCCAAGAAUGGUGAAGUUGAAUGUCUCUUAAGAUUGUUUCAUGAAAUGCCUUGUAGGGAUUUGGUAUCUUGGAAUACGGUAAUUGGAGGGCUCGUACGUGAUGGGAGGAUUAAUGAAGCUAUGAGAUUCUUCUAUGAAAUGGAAAGAGUGAAUUUAUCGCCUGAUGAUGUUACCCUGGCAAGCUUGCUCUCUGCUUGUGCACAAGCUGGAGCUCUGGAUACUGGGAAAUGGUUGCAUUCAUAUAUUGAUAGGAGGUGUUCUGAGUUAAAUGCUGUUAUUGGAACAGCGCUGGUGGAUAUGUAUUGCAAGUGUGGUGAUUUAGGGAGUGCUGCGGAUGUCUUCAAUAAGAUGUCUGAACGUGAUGUUGUAGCUUGGAGUGCUAUGAUCAUGGGGUCCUCAAUGAAUGGGCAAAGUAGAACUGCGUUGAACUUCUUUUACCGUAUGAAAGAUGAAUCUGAAAGACCAAAUGAUGCGACAAUUUUGGGGGUUCUGUGUGCUUGUGUGCAUGCAGGGUUGGUUGAUGAGGGAAAGAAGUGCUUUUAUGGCAUGUCUGAGGAGUUUGGGUUAACACCAAAGUUGGAGCAUUAUGGUUGUAUGGUUGAUCUCCUUGGUCGAGCUGGUUUGCUAGAUGAGGCGUAUAGUUUGAUACAAUCUAUGCCAUAUGAGCCACACACGGGUGCCUGGGGAGCCUUACUAGGAGCAUGCAAGAUACAUGGAAAUGUUGAGCUUGCUGAAAACGCCAUAGAACACUUGAUCCAACUUGACCUUGAGGACGGGGGCUACCUCGCAAUUAUGUCCAACAUAUAUGCUAAUGCAGGAAGGUGGGAAGAUGUCUCAAAGGUCCGAAAAUUGAUGAAGGAAAAAGGCAUUGGUAAAUCGCGAGGGAUUAGCUCCAUUGAGGUUAAUGGGGUAAUACACGAAUUUGGUGUCCAAGAGAAAAAACACCCUCAAGCCAGAGAAAUAUAUGAUAUGAUAGAUGAGAUUUAUAGACGACUGAAGAGGGCAGGUCAUGUUGCAAGCACCAGAGAGGUAUUUUUCGACGUUGAAGAGGAGGAAAAGGAAAAGGCUCUGUUCUUCCACAGUGAGAAAAUGGCUGUUGCUUUCGGACUUAUUGCAACUGAUAAAACAACUAUCAUUCGUGUGGUGAAAAACCUUCGCAUUUGCCCUGAUUGUCAUGCAGCUAUGAAGCUGAUUUCUGCUAGCUUUGAAAGAGAAAUAGUCAUUAGAGACCGUCAUCGUUUUCACCACUUCAAGAAUGGUCCAGUUACCAGAGACGAAUUCGUUAACAAAACUGCUGAAAUGCAGCUUCAGUAUUUCCAGCAACGACCUACUGCAACCGUUCACUGUUCUUCGUAUCUUGUCUGA